UCAAACGGUGCAGACGUGUUUUUCCCAACGGUAGCGCUCCGCGUUUUCCCUUAACGAGUUUUUCGUGCCACGAGUAAAGUGAACCAAGUUUUGAAAUAGCCAAGGAAAAUAUAUAGAAAGAAGAAACACACAAGUGCAAACUAAAGAACAAGAGUGCUUCUAAAAAUCAAUUGAACUACAAAUAUAAAUAUUAAAUAAAAAGUAGAGAGUAAUCACUAGCCAUGUCUUCCUCCGAGGCCGAAGUUGACAUCAGUGUGGUCUCCAGUCCGGAGCCGAGUCCUCUGGGCGCCGCCGCCCGCGACAGUCCGCUGCUGGUCCGCUCGCCGGCCCGCUCCGCCGACGGCAGUUCGCCGCCCGCCACGCCCACCCAUCGCUCCAAUACGCCCAAUACGGCCGCCGGCACGCCCACCACCUCCGCCUCGGGCGGCAACGGCAGCCACUUCCAUCACAGUCCCAGCGGCGGAGCCGUUCCGCCGGCGGUGUUGCACCACCAUCUGCAGCACCACCUGAGCACCCUGGGCGGCCAUCCGGUGGCGCUGCAUCAUGCGCUCCACACCUUUGGCCACCACCUGCAUCCCGCCCACGGGGCCACCCAUCCCGCCCUGCUGCAGCACGCCCUCACGCCCACCAGCCAACAGCAACAGCAGCAGCAGCAGCAACAGUUGCAGGUGCAACAGCAACACCAGUCGCAUCUCGAGCGUCUCAGUCCGCCGAUGAAGAGCCCCGAGCGGAAUGGCGGUGAGGAGCUGCAGCAGGGACUCAGCCUGAACAACAACAACAGCAAGGCGCUCAAUCACAACAACACCUGCGCCUCGGCGGCUGCAGCAGCGGCAGCGGCGGCCGUGGCAGCGGCCAACCUGAGCAACAACAGCAACGACAGCAACGGGAGCAGCGGAGGCGGUGGCAAGAGCACCACCGGAUCCAACGGAUUCACCAGCUUCUCCAUCUCCAGCAUCCUGAGUCGCAGCGAGCCGGCCAAGAAGAACGGCGCCGCCGGUCUGAUAACUCCGAUCCCCCAGUUGCCGCAGCCAGGAGCCGGCGGACCCCAGGAUGCAGCCAUGCUGUCCAGACUGGGCUUCAUCUCGCAGUGGGGAGCGUUGGCUGGUCGCUAUGCCGCCCUCUGUCCGCCCGGAUGGCCCUGGGCCCCCCAGCGACUGCCCUUCCACAGUCCCACUCAUGACAGUUCCUCCACGAACACAACCGAGAAUCCGCCAUCGCCCACUUCCAUGAGCCCAAACAACAACAACAACAACAGCAACGCCACUGCCAACUCGAACCAGGCCAGCAAAUCGCCCUCGCACCACCCACUUCACCCCCUCUACCACCCCGCCCACAACUCGCAGCAGCAGCAGCAGCAACAACAGCAACAGCAACAGCAACAGCAGCAACAGCAUCCACAGCAGCAGCAACAGCAUCCACAACAGCAUCCCCACCAGCCCACCACGCCCACCAGCAGCAGCAGCAGCGGGGGCGGCAGCAGUCUCGCCCACCACCCACACUCGCAUUUGGCCGGCUCACACGGCGGCUACUUGCUGCCCAGCAGCUCCAACGAGUCGGAUGAGGAGGGCGAGGAGAUCAUCGAGGAGGACGAUGGGACGGAUGGACCCUCCGACAGCUCCUCGCCGCACGGCGAUGGCAACUCGAAGCGCAAGAAGAAGACGAGGACCGUGUUCUCGCGCGCCCAGGUCUUUCAGCUGGAGUCGACCUUCGAUCUGAAGCGCUAUCUCAGCUCCUCGGAGCGGGCGGGUCUGGCCGCCUCGCUGCGGCUCACCGAGACGCAGGUGAAGAUCUGGUUCCAGAACCGUCGCAAUAAGUGGAAGCGCCAGCUGGCCGCCGAACUGGAGGCGGCCAACAUGGCCAAUAUGGCGCAUGCGGCCCAGAGAUUGGUCCGAGUGCCGGUGCUCUACCACGACGGCACCACCGCCGGGUUCGUGCCCCCGCCGCCGCCGCACCACCACCCCAUGCAGUACUAUGCGGCGGCACGCAACACCAGCCCACCGCGACCACCGCUCUCCUCGCUGGUAUAG